ACCAACAAAUCCAAUCUCUCCAAAGCAAAAUCCAGGAACUAGAACAAAAAUUAGAGGACUAUUCCCAAGGCGGAAUCAAAAUCCUUUUUUCUGGCAAAGCCAACGCUCAAAGAAUAGCCAGAAAAGUAAAACCUAGAACCUUAAAAGAAAUACCAGAAUUAAGCAUUGGUCGUAAUGCUAACAUUUAUUUUCCCGAACAAACCUAUAAUAAACUUCGUCAGGUAGCAGGAGUAAAGAUUAGCCGCUUUGUGGCUGAGGCGGUGGAAGAAAAAAUUGAAAGGGAGGAACGACAAAAAAAAGAGGAAUUUCAAAAAAAACUAAUUGCGGGCUAUAAGCGA